UGAUGGACAUAAUGCAACACUUUGGAAUUACUGUACUCUCACUCAUGUUGACUUUAAUUCUCUUUUUCAGAAAGAUUUAAAAAGUGAAGAGCUUGAUCAACCAGUGCCACAGCAUCACCAUUGGUAUACAAACGCAAACACUAAAAAUUUCAGAGUAGUUAACAACAAAAGCACAACAUGACUUCAGCGCUUCUUCAGAAUGAAGAAACACAAUAUUGCUUUGAGAAUAUUAAUGGAUCCUGCUAUAAAACAUCGUGGUCUUCUGGAAUCCGCAUAACUUUGUAUGUUGUGCUUAGUUUUCUGACAAUUCUUACACUAGGUGGUAACCUAAUGGUAAUGAUUACAAUUGCUUAUUUCAAACAGCUUCACUCUCCUACAAAUAUUUUGCUCGCCUCCUUGGCAUGUGCUGAUUUUUGUUUGGGUCUGACGGUGCUGCCCUUCAGCAGUAUAAGAUCUGUGGAAACAUGCUGGUAUUUUGGGGAAACAUUCUGUAGAUUCCAUAGUUCUUUAGAAGUAUCUUUUUGUUUUUCAUCAAUAUUUCACUUGUGUUUCAUCUCUGUUGAUCGCUACGUUGCUGUUACUGAUCCGUUAAUUUACCCUUUCAAGUUCACAGUGCCAGUUUCAGGCAUGUGCAUAGCUGUUGCCUGGAUAUUUUCAUUAGUAUUCAGUUUUUCGGUUGUCUUCACUGGGGCUAAUGAGAAAGGGGUACAAGAAUUAGUAAACGUUCUCUCCUGUGUCGGGAGCUGUCAACUUCUUUUCAACAAAACGUGGGUGGUUGUAACCUCUCUCCUUUAUCUAAUACCUUUUUUUACAACAAUAGCACUUUACAGCAAGAUCUUUGCUGUGGCUAAACGACAAGCUAGAAUGAUUGAGAUGAUGAGCAACAACACCCAGUCGUCUGAAACUUGCAGUGACAGAGUUAGCAGAAGAGAGAGGAAAGCUGCUAAAACCAUUGGUAUUGCUGUGAUUGCUUUCGUGGUAUUCUGGACACCUUAUUCUAUAAUUGUAAUAAUUGAUGCUUUUUUUAACUUCAUAACACCACCCCUUGUCUUUGAUAUUCUGCUUUGGUUCACUUAUUCCAACUCUGCCGUUAACCCAUUGAUUUACUCUGUCUUUUAUCCUUGGUUUCGAAAAGCAAUGAAAGUGAUUGUGAGCUGUAAAAUGCUCCGGCUUGAUUGUUCAACAAUGAAUUUAUUUUCAAACUGAAAACCUGUCCGAUCCUGGGUAGAGCUACUCAUCUCACAUUUCACAGUCAUUCCCCUUUUCAUAAAAUCUGGCUGUGUAUCUCAUUUUCUGUAUAAAAUAUUGUCAUCUUGAUUUUAUACUUUGUAUAACUUUUUAUCAUUGUGAAAAUCUGGCUUAACUGUGUCACAGCAACUUUCUAAGGGCUUGUCUAUAUUUGAAACUUGUUUUGGUUUAUAGUAAGGUGUGAAUUUAAAACUACCUAUUCUGCAAUAUCAAUUCCAGUAAAUUUCCCAUGUGGACAAGCCCUAAGAUAUUUCCCACUGGCAGUAAGGGAGAUGGAUUACAAACACUUACUACAGAAGCUCUGGACAGGCCAGUUGUGAAUGAGAAAGAUUUGUUAGUUUUCAAUAUUCCUGUAUAAUAACAGUAAAUGCUUAUUAUCUGGUUUACUAAAUUUUAAGUGAAGAAGGAGCAUGCCAUUGACUUUACUCUGGCAGGCAAGUUAACUAUCACAUGAACAAACUGGGAUAAACUUCUAAAAGUUUAAUUUACAAAUUCCAAAAAUAACUUUUUGUAAAAAUUCAAUUUGCAUGGCAAUUCUUCCCUGCCUGCUUUAGUCUGCAUAGGGUCAAACUCUCCAUCCUCCUGAGGGUUGAGUUUAUUACCAAAAAAAAAUAAUAAAUUUCAGUCCAAACAUUCUCCCCAGGCUUGGCAGUUCUCAGGUCUCUCCCUGUAGGAAUUCUCUGUCCCAAGCCAUACAUCCCUCUGCCUAAAGAGCCAUUCCUUUAGCCCCAGAGUGGAGUUAACAAGCCACACAGCAGUGAGAUGGAGUCAGCAGAGAUAAAUUAGCAUCUUCACAACAGAAAAACUGAGCCUCCUGCUUAUAUUGAAAUCGUUAAUGAGAGCAUGAGACAUGAUUUUAUAAAUGUCCAACUGACUCAAAGCUUUAACCAACUUCAUCAGUGGCUUACAGCCUCAGCGAGAAAACAUAUUUGGCGACACAUAGGAAUAGGAUGACGACUGACUUUUAGUAUUCAGUUGAAUAAAUAAUGUUUUAUCUUAAUAUUAAUCAAAUAUAUAAAAUAAUGCCUCUGUUGGAAAUAGAAUAGCUGUCCACUCCCUCUUCUCAUGGCAGAGCCUUUUGACUGGGAUAGGCAGGUAGCCCACUUCAUCCUGCCCCUUUUGGAAGCAGCCACCUGUAGCCUCUUCACUGGUUCCUGCCCCUGUAACUCACAGAACACUUUUCUAUUACUCCCCUGGUAAAUCUUGCAAGAUCCAGUGUUUGAAAAAUAUGGUCCAUUCUGAGACAUAAAUACUGGAGAAGCCCAGAGCUCAGAGAAAAAUCCAUGAAGCCACAGUGGCAGGAUCCACUGGCUAUUCCCUUAUUUCAAAGUGUUUGUGCUAGCUGAACAGACUUGAAUUAACCAAAGUAAAACAAGCAAAACCCAGUCAUCAUCACAAAAAACACAACGGGUAAUAGCAAAAGGAGAGAAAGGUAAAACUCUGUUAGUACCCAGAGGGAGCUUUUCUUAACAUAAUAGAUGUUUUUUCUUGAUCUGACAGUCCAGCUGAUGCUUGUGGGCUGGCAAUUCUGUUAAUUAUAAGUUCUCUGUCAACUGUGUGAUUUAUGGCAGCUUUUAUCUUUGCUUAAGAUGCAGUACAAAUAAGUCUUAAAAUUUAAAUAACUGGUGGUUGUUCAAAACUGAAUUUAUUUCAGACUGAAAAUCUGUCUUGAUGCUGUGUUUGCACAACAUCUAAAUCUUUGUCUGCCAGUUACCCUGGGGGCACCUUUCUACUUUUCAUCAUUCUAAAACUGUGUGUAGUUUUUCUUUUUUUCAGGUAAAAUAAAGUGAAAUGUGAAAUAUAAAGUCAUAGUGAUUUGGUAGCAUGAUUAAGAAAAAACAGAAAUCUCAGACAGAGAGUGGGGCUGCAUUGUGCUAGGCACUAUACAGUCAAACAGUAAGUGACAGUCCCUGCGCACCCAAAGAACUUGUGUUUUAAAAGAUAAGAUAUAACAGAUGGAUGAGACAAACUAGAGCAUGGGCAAGGUAGGGAGCUUGAAGGAUACUUGAGCACAGACUUAAGAAUGUAGUGUGGGAUUUUCGAAAGCACCCAGCACUGGCCUAACUCUGCUCCCGUUGAAGAUUAAGUCCCACUCUAAAUAACAUGAAAAACACUGUGGAGUGUAAAUUUGUUUAAGUGGUUUUGCAAUACAUGUAUUUAGCUUGUAAACUGUUUGGGCCAGGGACCGACUUCCACCAUAUGUUUGUACAGAGCUUA